AUGCUCUCUACUUAUUGGAUCUAUGCGAUGGUUUGCCAACGAUCGAAAAUUCCUCCAGCGCAACACGGACUUUUGCUACUCAUUGUUAGUUCAGCUUUUGGAACACCAUUCUUCUUUUGGUGGACUAAAUCUUGUAACUACAAUUAUCUAGGAUUUUUCACUCCUUGGAAUCUGCAAACGAUUAAGGAAUCAUUUGACAUUUUUACCGAGCGCCUGGUACUAUUUUUAGCUGCUUUCGGUUUUGGAGUAUGGCGUCCAAUUCGCCGAAACUUUAUUUUUGGGGGAACACUCAUUUUGCUUGUUCCCUUCGUUUUUCGUGUCAUUAUCAAAUUCCUCCAUUGGAAGUUCUGGGUAGACGAAACAGCCUUGGAUUUGAUUAAUGAGUUUUUGAACCACUCUAGUGAUAGUAUGAUUUGGGCGUAUGCAAUUUAUCUUUUGUACCAAGCGUAUACAUCUGCGUCUUCCAUGAAGUCAACGCAGACCUCAAGGUUGAUAAAACAUUCUCUUGUUUAUUGCGUUUCUAUGAUUACACUACGUCCUUUUGUAUUGGCCUAUUUCAAAACCAUUUUCUCAUGGACACCCACUGCCAUAGAACCUGGCGUGGAGGACUUUGUACGCUGGUCGAUUCGCUACACAACGGAAGUUUUAAUCCCCUGCUAUAUAUGGUGUCCAUCACAGAAUGAACGGAUUGCUUACAAAGCCGAAGGAUCUACAGAGUUCAAUUAA